AUGCGAGCGAGGGUGCAGCUGGGUGGAGAGACCUCUGAUGACUUUGCAGUUGUCUCUAGUGUGAAGCAAGGCUGUGUGUUAGCUCCUGCCCUGUUUAAUAUCUAUCUUCAUGCAAUGUUGUCUUGUGCUUUUGAUGCGGCUUGUGCUAACGGUGUUCGUGUGGAGCACCGUAUUGAUGGUGGGUUUCUGAACAUCCGUCGUUUCGGUGCGAGAACUCUAGUCUGUGAGACAACUAUCCGUAUGUUGCCGUUUGCUGACGACUGUGCGUUGUUUUCACACAGCGCGGAUGAGUUGCAGCACAUGACUAGUGCUCUGGCUUCGACAGCGGCCAAAUUCGGGCUCACCAUCAACACUAGCAAAACUGUCUGUCUCUUUCAGCCUUCACCGGAGGUGCAAUCUUCAAUAUUGCCGCAAAUCAGCAUUGGUGCUGAAGUAUUAGAAACCACCUCCCGCUUCUGCUACCUUGGGAGUGUGAUGUCGACUGAUCAGCAGCUUCACGUUGAGUUGCGUAAUCGCGUGUCGAAGGCGGCAGCGGCAUUGGGGAAGCUUGAGUACCGAGUGUGGAACAACCAUCAGCUUAGCAUUGGCACGAAGCUAAUGGUGUACAAAUCCAUGAUACUGUCCGUUCUUCUAUACGGCAGUGAAACGUGGACGAUGUACCGGCGGGAUGUGCGAUAUCUCGAGCGGUUCCAUCAGCAGUGUCUGCGACGAAUUUUGCGGAUCGGCUGGGGCGCCAGAGUUGCAGACACGGAAGUGUUGCGCCGAAGUGGGAUGUAUGCAGUGGACUGCAUACUUUUAUUGAGACACCUGUGA